AUGUUAAAUAGAUCAAGCCUACAGAUCCCUCAUGAUUUUAAUAGAAAAUAUAAUUUAAAAAACAAGGUAGAUGAAGGUUCUUUUUUUAUAUUAUUUCAAAGCAAGAUUACAAUCAUACAUAUAAGCAAUGUAUAUUUGUACUUAUGUGUAUAUAACUCAUAUAUAUAUAUAUAUAUAUACAGAUUUAUAAGAGUGAUAUUAAAAAAUAAUCAUUCAAGUGUCGACCUCUUCCAUUCUUUUUUAUUUUAA